CUUUAUUCACUGUUAGCUAGCAAACAUGGCGACUUCCAUAAGGCAACAACAUGUAGAGUUUAUCCUACUGAAAACCAUACGUAUCAAGACAGAAACCUAAGAAACUCUAUUCAAAUAGUAAUCUUAUUAUUUGCUUGAAGUAAGUUAGUGAUAACCCAAAUUUUUACUAGAAUUUAUUAAAAGUGAAGACAAAUUUACUUACUUGUAGAGACAGUCACCAGUUGUGAAUGGUGGGUCUGUUGACGACUGUUACACUCAACUACAAUCUAAUUCUACAUUGACUAUAUAGUACAUACAGAUAGUACUUACAAUUAAAACUUAGACUAAGUUAGACUACUAUUACAAAAUUACAGUAAGUUGACAUUAGUAUAUUCAAAGAAAAUACCAGUAUAUCAUAUGAAUAUUAAUGAGCAUGGUCCUCUUUCAACUAUCUUGCUUUCACUUUAUUGGCAAAAUUUACACAGAUAUCCACGGUUCAUUGACAACCCUGUCUCACAGUAAAUCUUUUGAAAACACCACAAUUUUAGAAACUUACGGUGCAGUAGCAAACUAUAUAACAAAGCCAUAGGCAUACCGCGUAGGUCUGCGCUUACCCUGUGUCUCACAGAAACCAUUGCACAAUGCGUUUGGCCGUCUUGGGACAGGAUUUGCGCUAUUUCAAAGUUUUUUUAUUUGUUGUUUUUUGUUAAGAAAUCGAUCCAUUCCGGGGAAUGAGGGUGAGUUAUGGGCAGAGGCUCAACGAAAAUGGGGGGCCUACACAAAUCAUAGGGGUUGUCCACAUAGAAAGUCCCCACAACAAACUUACCUAUUAUAGUAUUGCAUAACCCCGCCACCCAGUGGGGGGGGGGGGGGGUUGGCUGAUGCCCGCCUCCUUUUUUUUUUUUAAUGUUUAAUGCCAAUUUAAAAAUAAAUAAAUUAUUUUUAUUUUUUUUUUUAAAAAAUUUUAAAAAAGUCCACAUAGAAAGUCCCCACAACAAACUUACCUAUUAUAGUAUUGCAUAACCCCGCCACCCAGUGGGGGGGGGGGGUUAGCUGAUGUCCGCCUGCAUUUUUUUUAUUAAUGUGUAAUGCCAAUGUAAAACUAAAUCAAUGAUAUUUAAUUAUUUUGUUAAAAAACUUUAAAAAAUCACUAAACUGUUUUGAAUUUAUCGUCAUACUGUUGUAUUGUGUUGAUAAUCGCUUGAUAUCACAACGACAAUGCCUCGGACAACUUUAACUUCAUGAUCGAUGUAUGUGAUUCUCUGCCUGUAAUUUAUUCUUCUUCUAUAUACCGGUAUUUAGGACCCACUGUCAAUUUAUUGAUCAUUUUGGCUCCAAUAAUGUAGAGGGGAUUUGCAAUGUUUCUGCGCCUGGUGUUGAUGAGGAUAUUUUACUAGUUGCAAGGGCUAUUUUGUGAGGGUAUCCAACACUGGGGUUGGUGUUUGGCAUAAUUAUAUCUUGGAAAUAAUAAAAUAGAUACACUUCACAUUCAUUUUUACACCACGCCCCGAGGGAUCACAUGCAAUGUUAUAAUUAUAAUGCCGCCCCCCCCCCUCCCCCCAAACAACAAAAAAACACAAAAUAACUAGUUAGGGUGGGGGUGAAAUUGAUUUCAAUUUAGCUACCCUUUUUAGGCCUAUUAUGAUUCACAAUCAUAGGAUAAAACUUACAAUAAUUAAUAAAUACCGGGUAUAUUUAUAUUUCAAUAUAUGAGGGGAAAUAAAGUGGUUAACUUUAACAAUAAAUCAUGGUUUAACGUUACACCCCCAGGUCCUUUCCGAUAAAUACUAAGAAAUGCUUUGCUCUUUACAAGUAUCAUAGUAUCUAAAAUUCUUAACUGGAGUUUUUGUCUUUAAAUUACUGCCUGGUAUACCGGUUUAUUACAUUUUUUUGUAUGCUAAUAUUGAAAAUCUAUUUAAAUAGACACAAAAUGAAUUUUGUAUUUAGAUAAAAUAUGGCUAAUUGGAUAUGAUAAAAUGGAGAUUCUUUAUUAUCACAAAAUAAAAAAGCCUAUUUUAUUAUUGGAUAGCCUAUAUUUCAUGACUCGUAAAUGGUGGCUGCAUGAUUACUUGUAUUGACACCAGGGCAUACAUAACAUACAUAUUUGGGGAUUGGAUUUUUAAAACCCUAGCAAUAGCAGAAAAUAGAUAAACUCAAAUCCAGUCACUCUAAUAAUAUGGGAUCUGUCAAACUUUGAUGGUGGCUCAUCUAAGUGACAGUUAUACUUCGACUGCAAACCUCUGGUGCCUUGACGCUACACCUCAAUUGUUACGGCUAUGGUUGUAAAUCCCACAAUGACAGACAUAUCCAAAAAUUGCAGCGUAGGCUGUCAGAGAUAUAAUUCUAUGAAAUUUCAAUAUAACUCCUUUGAUAUUAUUGGUGUCAAGCUGUAGUAAUCAUUUGACCUUCCCUUGGGUCCAUCAGCUGCAUAUCAGUGGGAUCAGUUGCAUGGGAAUAAAUUGAUUCUCAAUAAUUCGCCUCCCCCAGCUUUGUAUUUUAGAUAAAGAUUACACCAUCAUCUCUUUAUGACGAACUAUAUCCAAAAAUAUAAUGUCAUGACAUUAUUUUUGUUUCUACAGUGUGAUGUGUGUGUCAAAGUAGAUACCGGGUAUUAAAAGUUAAACUAUUGUAAAGUUAAUGGGAAAUGGCAGAACAGGAGCAAUUUCAAGUUCAUCACAUACGAUUUUUUGAGUAUCAGCCUCAGACUAUUAACUGUAUUGUUCAUGAUGAAACCAGACAGAGAGUUGCCAUUUCCAGGUAAUGUAAUUUAUUUCACAAAUGUUAAAAUUUCUUAUAUUUUUAUUGUAAUUCUUUAUAGUUAAAAUUUAUGAAAUAUAUGGAUUGCUGUGGCUUGUAUUUUGUUUAAUGAAUUAUAGUUCUAAAUAGUUACAAUUUCUUAUAGGUCUGAUGCCUCUGUAGAAAUUCUGAGUAUCAAAGACAACUGGAGUAAAGAAAUGGUUAGUACUGAAUGUUAUCAUGCUGAUAAAAAUGUACUAAAAGCAGAAUGCUGCUUAUAUUUUUUUAAUAUGAACACCAUUAGUGGUUUCCAAUCUAUUUGACUUGCGGAGCCCUUCUUAAAAUCAAUUCCUGGGAGGGUUGGCUUCUUAGGCCUACCCUAUGUCUUGCAAGUCAGUGGUGUUAGUUAAUUUCCUGUAGUAGCCACAGAGCCCUUGAGGCUACACGAAGAACAGGUUGGAAACUAUUGAACUACAUGUUUCAAAAAAUUACAUUGUUAUUGGCACAUUUUUCAAAAUUAAUUAAAAUGCAGAUGUUUUUUAGUUUUUUCCAGGAGACAAAGAUGCCUCAGUUGAAGCUCUCUUAUGGUGUAAUGGUCGUCUCUUCGCUGGUGGCAUUAGUGGCAAUGUUGUGGAACUUGAUUUGACCACACAACAGGUCAAGGUAUGAAUAAUCAUGUCAUGCAAUGACAAAAUCUUUGAAAUUAGCAUUUUAUUAUUUUAAGAUAUUAAAAAUGAAAAUUCAAUCAAUCAAAUUUGGUGUAUGUCUAAAGUGUUAGUCUACUGAUUUUUUUCCUCAGAAUUCUAUUUCAUCAAAUGCUGGUCCUAUCUGGUGUUUGGCUAAGAAUGCAGAAGGAGAUCAAAUUGCUGUAAGUAUUCAUUUCUCAAAAAAUGGGGAAAUUGAACUUUAAAAAGUUAGAUCAAUUAGAACAAGAAAUAAAUUGCACCAUGGUGAAAGAAUUAAUGUCAUUAAUUCCAUAAAAAUAAGUAAUAAGUCUUUCAUGCUGCAAUUUCCCCAGGCUGGUACAGAAGAUGGAUGUGUUGCAUUGUAUGAUGUCUCAGAUGAAUUGCAGUUUUUGAGAGGGUUCUGUAAACAAGAGGGUAAGUGCUGUGAUGUAUACCAUACAAUUAAGUUGCAUUAAAAAGUUAAAUUUUUAAUUUAUUUUCAAAAGUGGCAUUGUAGAUUUGUAGCAUAACUGUUUAAAAAUAACAAAUAUGGUGGAUCUUCCUCAGGGCGAAUCAUUUCUAUGGCAUGGUAUAACAGAGAUGGCGAGAAUCUGAUCAUUACAGGUGGCAUCAACAACAUUCGGCAGUGGAGUAACAAAUCAGGGCAGCCCAUCAGCCGCAUGACCCUAGGAUGUAGAAAUCGCAAGGAUACUAUUGUAUGGUGCUUAAAAGUAACAAAGUACGUUUGCCAGGGUUAAAUAAGACAACUUCAAAAGAUUUUUUAAAAAUUUGACUUUUAAUUCAUAAAUCAAAUUAAUUUCAGUAUGUUGGAAAUGCUUAACAGUAAAUCAUUUUGUCCACAGAGAUUUUACAAUAAUUAGUGGUGACUCGAGGGGUGUUGUAACAUUUUGGAAUGGGAAGGAAUCAACACAACUGAAAGUAUGUACAAAUAUAUUUGUUUUAAAAAUAUUCAUUUACUUGUCUUUUCAAAAGUACUGGUUUACACCCCAUUCCAUGAAUGCGAAUUUUAUGAUAUUAGUUUUUUUUCUUGUGGCAAUAAGAUGUUUAUGCAAAAUUUUAUCUUUUUUUUCAAGCCAUGUGAAAUUAUUAUUUUCUGCAGAAUCGAUUGAUAACUGUAAUUUGAAAUAAAUCUAACUCUCUUGUCUUUCAUUCCCAAACAGACAUUUGAGUGUCACAAGGCAGACAUAUUAUCUUUGUGUUUAAGUGAGGUAAAUGAAAAUGUGUGCAUUUUGCCUUUGUACACGUAGCUUUGCUUUAUAAAUUUGUUUUAGAAGAUUAGCUUUACAUACUUUAAAUAUAAAAUUUAGGAUCUAAUUUUGAUUAUAUACACUACUGUAUAUUUCAUGUCAUAAGCUGGUAUUGGAAGAAUGUGAAUCAGUUUUUUCUAAAAAAUAUUUUUGUUCAGGAUGAGACCAGAGUUUAUACAGGAGGAGUUGAUGCUGCCCUCUAUCAAUUUAGCCUCUACACAGCGGAUCCAACAUCAGAACGCAAGCGCUGGGUGCAUCAGUUGCUACACACACGACACACACAUGACAUCAGAGCUCUGGCCUAUGUCAAUGGAUUUCUUGCAUCAGGAGGUAUUUUACAUAGAGAAUACAAAAUGGACCUCUUCUUUUGACCCCAAAAGCUAAAUUUAUUUCUAAUGCAAGUUCUAAUUCAUGAUUUAUGUCUUAUGUUGACAUUUAUGCAUUUAAUACACAUCUUUUACAAGCAAUUUACAUAAUUAUUAACUCUAAUACCAUUUGAAUGUAAAUAAAAUAGUCAAUUAUUUUGUAAAGGUGUUGACACAAUUUUGUAUGUGGCAAAACUCAAGGGCAACCGGUCUGUGUUGGAAGUGUCUCCAGAUCCCCUGGUGAGAUGAUUUUACAAUGUUUUUAUUUUGCUUUUUCAUUUUUUUUUUAAAAGUCCCAGUUACUUUUAGCUUACCUAGUAAUGUUUUCUGAAAUAUACAUAAAAGAAACCAUAAUAGCAACAGAAAUAAAUUAUUUUUAAGAAGCAAAUUUUUUUACAUUUUUUGUGAAUCACUUUAUUUUUCUUUUACAGUCUGGUUUGAUCCAUAUUGCAAAAGAUAAAAAUUUGGUUCAGAUUCAAUACCAGGAUUACAUUGAAAUCUGGCGUUUGGGAGCUGCAGAUGCUCAUUUUGGUAAGUCUUCUUGUGUCGUGUAAAUUAUAUACAACCAUUAAUGAUAUAAAAUCCUCCACCACUUUUCAUCGAUAUCAUAAUUUAAGAUUAAUGACAAAUGAGAGGACCUGUAUAAACUCAAGUCUUUGGUACCAAUACUUACAUAUAUUUGAUCAAGUCUUUGGUACCAAUACUUAUAUAUAUUUGAUCAAAUCUUUGGUAACAAUAAUGAUAUAUAUUUGAUCAAGUCUUUGGUACCAAUGAUAUAUAUUUGAUCAAGUCUUGUCUGUGUUUUUCAGUUGAAGCCAAAGGGAUGCUGCCACUGACACAAAAAAGAAUCAAGCUUGCCAAAAUAAAGGCAAGAGAAGGACAGCACAUAUUGUGUAGUGCUAUGUCACACGGAGGAACCAUUGCAUUCUCUGAUACCAAAGGUGUUCGUGUCUUCAAUUUAAAUGUGGUAGGUACAGGUAUUGAUAUAGUCACAAUGUCUUAUGUUCAUGAAUUCCUGGAAACUGUAAUAGAGCAACUUUCUUGUUUAUUUACAUAAACUGCAGUGGUAUGAGUAUGAGCACAUAGUGAUCUUUGAUCAACUGUAAAAGAUCUUUAGCUUUGAUAAAGUGUAACAGGUCUACUUUGAGUGCCUUGUUAGCUUUGAUAAACUAAUAGGACUAUUGUAAUUUAAAGAUUUCUAUCACUAUCUCAUUUACUUUGGAGAAAUUCACCAUAACAUUUUAUGCUUUUAUCUUUGUUUAAAAAUUCAUUACUCAUUUAGCUUGUAAACCAGAUGGGCAGACAGGUUUAUCAAAAUUUUUUGUUUCUAGUAAAAAUUUUUCCUCAAUACCGGCACCAUCUCUCAUGGCUCCAUGUUAACUUCCCUUUUACUAGGAAAAUAUAAGCACCAGUCAGCCUUUGGGCUCACUAGAGAAGAUUGAUGCAAACUAUGCCCACCCAGCACGUCUGAUGACAUUUAGUCAUGAUGGGAAGUAUCUUGUGGCUGUCCUCACAACAGGAACUAUACAGCUCAUGGAGGUUUCUACUGGGAGAAUAAAAAAUACAAUAAAAAAUAUUUCAGGUCAGGAACGAAACUAAUUUAAACAUUUUUUUUUUACUUGGCUGACUGCUCUAAAGUAUUUUUGGUUUUUCUUAUUGAACAAGGCUUUUUAUUUCCUGUGUUGGAAGUUUUUUAUCUUGCAGUUAUUUAGUGCAUAAGAAAGAUAGAAAAAAGUAAAUAGAGAGUGUUGGAAAUUUACGGAUUAAAAAAUGUGUUUGCAUUAUGUAAAGUAACAUCCUCAAUUUUAUCUGAUGUUAGUUUUUUUUUUUUUUCACAAUUCUUUCAGCAACACAAGUUCACAGAAUUGUUACAAGUCCUGACAACCAACACUUAGCUAUAGCAACUGUGGACCAUGGAGUUCACAUUUACAGCUUGCUGACUGGUGUGGUCAGUACAUCUACUGCUUAUUUCUUUAGAUGUUUUAUGUAUAUAUAUAUAUAUAUGUGUAUAGUUUUAUGAAAUAUUUCUUUGUUAACAGCUCAGUACACAACUCAUUGAUGUUUUUUUUUCCAUAUACUUAUUUAAUAAAAAUUAAUCAUGUCUCGGGUUAGGGUACACGAUAAUGUCAACUAAUGUAUUUUUUAAAAAUUUAUCAGCUAUAUAUGUUAUAAAACAUGCCUCAACUUUUUAUGUGUGCAUUUUUUUAAUUAGACUCACUGAUAAUUUUUGUAUCCUCCCAUUGUUAUUUAUUCUUUUACUAUUUAUUUUCCUGUUUUUAUAAAAUGUCCAAUUAAAUAUAUAUAUAUAUUUCAGCACAUUUGUUCCUGUCCUAUACAAGUGUCCCAAGUCAGUGCUCUGGCCUUCUCUCCCCAUUCUCCGGUGUUGGUCAUAGCAUACUGUAACCACUCAGUAAGUUGAUCUCAUAGUUUGAAAUUUGAUCCAAAACUUUGUGUUUAUCAUUCAUGGUUUUUGACUGCUUCAUUUUCUCUCUAACAAUGUGUAACUAUGACACUAACACACUGACUUUGCACAGGUCCCUAAAUGAAGAGCUAUUUUUGUAAUUAGAAAACUCUAGUACCGGGUGUUUUAAAAUAAAUAUAAUUUUGGCACAUCGAGCAGCUUCUGGCCACAAUGAUGUUCCAAACCACUGGGCUGGCUUAGGCACAUUCUAGUUGAUGAGAUAAAUGACAAGGUGGGUGGCACACGAGAUAAAGACAUGGUUGUAUUUGGUGAUAAAUGAUUAUUUCCUUUGACCAGAUCUAUGAAUUUGAUGUUGACAAGAUGGAAUUCACAAGUUGGAGUCGUGAGACAAGUCCUCAAAUACCUAGGAACUGGCUCAAGCCCUUGAAGCACAUAAUCAACAUUUGCUUCUGUCCUGAUAAGCCCAACAAAAUAAUUUUCCACACCAGUUCAACUUUGUGUGUACUGAACAAGUCCAAGGUACUGGUAACGUACAGAAAUUGGAUAGAACUCAUUUUUUUUUAAAAAUAGGCCUUUAUAUUUGUAUACAAAGAUCAUUGGGUGUAAAGUCCCUUGCAAAUCUGGAUGUGACUGUAAAGUCCCUUGCAAGUCUGGAUGUGACUGUAAAGUCCCUUGCAAGUCUGGAUGUUACUGUAAAGUCCCUUGCAAGUCUGGAUGUGACUGUAAAGUCCAAUUUUGAGCUAGCAAAUUCUAUGGCAUCUUUAAUUUGUUGUUGGGAGAAAUCUCAUGGAGCAAUUUCUCUCAUAUGAUAGGAAAUUCCUAGCCAACUUGGGGAUCAACUCAAGAACUGCCGACAGAACUACCUGCCUUUCACUACCUCACUGAACAUGCUUCUUAGUAACUCUUAUUCACAACUCGACUGGUUUCAUGUUGUUUUGGCCUACAUAUAUUGGUGUAUUCAACAUCCUUAGCUUGUCCCCCUCAAACCCCUUUAAAAGGUUACGUCUAUCUCUAAGAUGGAAAGAAACAGCUGCUUUGGAUCGGUCCCCUUUAUUUUUAUCAUGGGCACACAAUUUGACAUCCAAUCCAUUGACACUACAGCUGGUGUAACCAUUACCCCUCACCAGACAACUAAUAUUAUCUUAUGCACAGCAUAAACUCAACUUUUAAAAUGUUCAUUUCCAAUCAAGUUAACUAAAUUUUUAAAAUUGGAGACUUGUUUAAUUUUAAAAAAAAUAUUUAAGAAGUCUUUCAUAUAUUAAUAUUGUCACUGAAUUUUAAAAAUGAAUGAAGUCUCAUGUUAAUCUUUCUUGAUUUUUUAAAAAUGUUGUGGACGUGCCAUAAGAAAGAUAUAUUUGUUAUUCUUCAACUUAAAUCCUACUAGACUUUAACAACUAAAGAACAAGAUGGAAAACCGAACAACAUGUUUCGUAACAUGGAUUCUAUAGUAAGGAGCUGUUAUAAAUACAAGGUAUAGUUUUCAUCAUUGAUGAUAAUGUCUCAAAUGUAUUGCCUUUGAUAAAUUUGCAAUGAAGACCCUGAGACUGCUAUAAUUUAGAUUUAGCCAAGGGGUGUUUUAAUUGGAUUUUGAAUUACAUCUGUGAAAUUUCCAGUGCAACAAACACACGAGUGGUUGUGUUUUAACACUGUGCUGUAAUGUUGAGGCACAGCUUUAAAAAUACUUUGUAAUUGUUAACAAUGAAAUUUUGUUGUCUUUCAGUAUCUUCUUUUUGUGGACAUCACUUCCAAUGGUAUGCUGAUUGUUGUGGAGAGACCUCCAGCUGAUAUAGAAGACAACUUGCCACCAUCAUUCAAACAGACAAAAUUUGGCACUUCCUGAUUUGUCUUUGGUGGCUGUGUCCUUUCUGUUGUUUGCUUGCUUCGUGCAGAAGCUACCGAUGUUAUGGAUUGAAAUGUAAAAUUUAUUGAAUAAAUAAAUAAGGCUUUUAAACAAUUUCUUUUUGUGUGGUCUCUGAAACAUAUACCU